AUGUUUAUGGAUCGAGAGGCACUGAUUCACUUCGUUGGCGGUGCUGUAGGUGGAACAGCAGGAACGGCUUUAACAUGUCCAUUAGAAGUGAUAAAGACCCGAAUGCAAUCCAGCAAAGGCUUCAAUAUAACAGGUGGAGGCCCCAGCACUAGUCAAGGAGACGGUCCUAAACAGAAUCCUCCAGGUUUUAAUAGGCAAAAACAUGGUCACGCCGCUUCUCAAUACAAGCAGUUCUUGGGGAGCGAUUUACGCGGUCAACUUGCUAUUCAUAAUAUACGAGUACAAGCUGAUGUAGUGAACAAUCCCAUGUCCUUAAAUCUGGCUAGGUUCGUGCAAUCCCAAUCUCAAUCUUCAACGGACCAAACGAAGAGGCGUUUUCAAAUUUUCCGAUACUUCGCGCAUGUUGUUAGAACUGAAGGUGUUUCUGCAUUGUACAAGGGUUUAGUUCCAAACCUUGUAGGAGUAGCUCCAUCGAAAGCUGUAUAUUUCUAUUCGUACUCUACGAGUAAACGAUUUUGGAAUGAGUCGGAACUUUUUAUUCCUGAUAGAGCAAUUGUACAUAUGGUCAGCGCCGGAACCGCGGGAUUUGUCGCAGCUUCAGUCGUGAAUCCAAUAUGGCUAGUCAAGACUAGACUUCAACUUCAUCAUGGUAGCAUCGGCAUUUUCGACAUGAUCAAACGCGUUUAUAAAAGAGAAGGAAUUCGUGGCUUUUAUAAGGGUGUUACUGCUUCAUACGCUGGAGUGUCGGAAACUGUCAUCCAGUUUGUAAUAUACGAGCAUCUUCGUAGCUUACUUUUGAAUACAGCGAACCAUGGUAAUGAUGCUCGAAAAAUGGAUUUUCUCAAUUUCAUGGUUGCUGGUGGAGCUGCUAAAUUCAUAGCUUGUGUUAUCGCUUAUCCUCACGAAGUAGUUCGAACUAGACUGAGAGAAGAAUCUGAAGUGAAAAGGGGAUUCUUCCGUACGUUACUCAAUCUUUACCACGAAGGAGGCAGGGCUAUGUAUCGUGGAUUAUCUGUACAGUUAUUGCGAACAGUUCCCAAUACGGCUAUUACGAUGGGAACUUAUGAACUUGUUGUUUAUCUAUUACAUCGUCUUUAA